UGUUCUAGGAUUCUGUACGGAAACAUACUUCAAGUGUAGUGAAUAAAGUAUUGAAUUUCAAUUGAAGCAGAUCCACUGGAAAACAAAUCUGAUUAUUAACUAUGGACAGUCAAACAUUUCGUCACAGGCAACCGUGGAAAGUGUUUACACUAUUCUUGGCUGAAUUCCUCGGCACAGGGAUGUUGCUGUUCGGCGGAUGCAUGGCUGGUUUGGAUGGGUUCGACAACAUCACUACAAACAUUAGCCGUGGGAUCACCUUCGGAAUGGUAGUCAUGAUGGCAUUCAUCACCUUUAGCGCUACUUCGGGUGCGAUUAUUAAUCCUGUAGUAUCACUAGCGGCCUAUAUCUACGGCACAUUACCGUUCCCGCUGAUGCUUGUAUACAUUGUGGCUCAAUUCGCUGGAGCACUUUGUGGUUAUGGUCUAUUACGGGCUGUCACACCGUGGCAGUAUUACCUGCAAGCUCUGGAGCACGGCGAUGGCCAUUGCGUCACCGUGCCUCACGCUAGCCUUUCUUCUGGAAUGGCCCUUGCUGUCGAGAUCUUGCUAACGGGCAUAUUGGUGUGGACGAAUUGUGGUGUCUGGGACCCGCGGAAUAAGAAGGAUAGUGAUUCUGUUCCUAUUAAGUUCGCCUUUCUUAUUGCCGGUCUUUCGAUUGCUGGCGGACCCAUCACUGGUGCUAGUAUGAAUCCAGCACGUACACUAGCUCCUGCUGUAUGGAACCAUUCAUACAAAGGUCUCUGGAUUUAUUUUGCCGGUCCUACGGUUGGUGCCAUUCUCACGGCAUCGAUAUAUCGGUACAUCUUUUGGCAAGAAUAUAAAGCUACUCCUAGCUUUGCAUGUAAUUGUGCAGACGGUCUUGCAAAGCAAGAGUUCAAUUCUGCUAAAACUGUACCUUGA